AUGCUGCCAAUUCUGCUACUAUGCUGCUUUACUUGCUGCUCCAAUAGACCAAAACACUGCAUAUACUAUCCAAAAGUAUACAUGAAAAUAGCAAAAAAAAAUUUGCAUCAUAAAAGCAAUAGAACAGUUAACUACAAUAGUUCAAAUGAACCAACUCUUCCCACCAGAUUUUAUCAGUUUUUCUCUAUAAAAAUGAAAACAUCACAAUACAAAAAGAGGGGGCAGGGGCGGGAAGAAAAAAGAAAACAAUACUGUCAAAAAAUAAUUUUUCCCAAACAUUUUUUUUUCUUACAACAACCUACAAUCCCAUCAAAAGGUGCCAGAUUCAGAUUAAAGAUAGUAGAAGAAGAGAAGAUUAAUUUUCGGGCUUACAGUUGCAUAUCAGAAUCAUUAUUCUCUGGACUUCUAUUCUUUGAUUCUUCAGCAUCAACGUCGUUGGUAACUCUUUCUCCUUCCAUUUACAUCUGUUAUGAUUGUUGUGUUUGA